AUGCUUUUACUGCCCACAGCCGUGCUACUGGCCAGUGCCAGCCAGCUCGCUCUGGCUCAAUUCGUGCCCCCUCCCAAGAACCUCACGAGCAAAACAGGCUACGCAGAUGUGACCGUCCGCUACAAGUCCGUCCCAGCCGGCAUUUGCGAACAAGACCCCGACGUGAAAAGCUAUGCAGGCUACGCGGACGUGGCGCCGGGCCAGCAUAUCUUCUGGUGGUUCUUCGAAAGCCGAAACGUCGACCCCACGGAGGCGCCCUUGACCAUCUGGAUCAAUGGCGGCCCUGGCUCGUCGUCCAUGAUCGGACUGUUUCAAGAGCUGGGACCCUGCCGAGUCAACGAAGACGGAGACGCCGUAAACAAUCCGUACUCAUGGUCCAACGUCAGUAAUAUGAUCUUCAUCGACCAACCCACGCAAGUCGGGUUCAGCUAUUCCAGCCCCGUGCCCGCCUACGAAGACCCGAACUCGGGAUACCUCGUCGAGCUACCCGGCAACACUUGCCCCGGUUAUGCCAGCGACUGGGCGUGCGGGACGUACUCGUACUGGAACGAGUCCUUGACCGCGAACAGCACGCCCGCCGUGGCGCCGAACAUGUGGAAGACGCUCCAAGGCUUCAUGGGCGCGUUUCCCCAGUAUGCGAGGCAAGAGAUCAACUUUGCCACAGAGUCGUAUGUAGGCGGCCACUACGCGCCCAUUGUCUCCGAAUAUUUCAUCCAGCAGAACGCACUCAACAUCAGCGGCGCGCACAACAUCAACCUCCACCACGUCCUGAUCGGGAACGGAUGGUACGAUCCCCUGGUCCAAUAUCAGGCAUAUUACAAUUUUAGUGUCUUCCCGGGCAACACCUACGACGUCAGCCCAUUCAACCAGAGCGUCAAGAACCAAUGGUACAACAACCUCUACGGGCCGGGAAACUGCUACGACCAAACGGUAGACUGCAACACGCGAGGCGUCGACGAGAUCUGCUCCGCGGCAGACAACUUCUGUUAUCAGCAAGUCGAAAACCUCUACGACAUCUACCUGUCCCGCGACGAGUACGACGUGCGGUACCUGACCCCGAACCCGUUCCCCCAAUCCUACUACAUCGACUACCUGAACACCCCGCGCGUGCAGGCCGCGAUCGGCGCCUACGUCAACUACUCCGAGUCCAACGCCGCUGUGGGCAACGCGUUCGGCAGCACGGGCGACGACGACCGCGAGAUCGGCACCGUGGCGGCCCUGCAGAGGUUACUUGCCCAGAACGUCUCAGUAACGAUGUACUUCGGCGACGCGGACUAUAAUUGCAACUGGCUGGGCGGGGAGGUCGUGGCCUCGCACGUGGCAGCCACGGGCUACGCCUCCGCAGGGUUCACGAAUCUCAGGACCACCGAUGGCGUCGUGCACGGCCAAGUCCGGCAGGCGGGUAAAUUCGCGUUCGUGCGCAUCUACGAGUCGGGCCACCUCGUGCCGUUUUUCCAGCCGCUGGCCGCGCUCGAGAUGGUCGAUCGCGCGAUUAACGGGCUGGAUGUCGCGACGGGGCGGACGGUGGUCACGCAAGCGUAUCGCACGAGUGGUCCUGACGUGACGACGUUCCGCGAGGGUAAUCAUACCGUGCAGUUCAAGGUCACGCCCAUGGGGAGCGUGUAUAAUACGACGACGAACCUGCCUCAGAGUGGAGGUGGUGGGGACGAAGGUACCGGGGACCCGCCGAAGACUCAGAGGCAGUCAAGGAGGGCGAGGUAUAACUUGAAGGAGGCCAGGCGGAUGAAGCUUGAGAGGAGGCUGUCCAGGUCAAAGGCCAAGGCCAAGGCCAAGGGCAGGAGGUCCGAGGAGGACGUGAAUGUCAACUUUAGUGGGUGGCUGACUUUGUAA